AUAUUUGGGCCUGGAUGCUCAACAUGCCUCAUAGCCCCCCCAAAGAGGGCCUGGUGGCGCUCAGGGAGGGCGCCCCCCCUGCCAGGGCCACCACGGCGGAGUGCGACCACGACAGGGCCUGUGGGCGGGGCUUCUCCUGUGACCGCCACUUUGGUGUGUGCGUGGCGCUGCGCGGGGAGGGUCACUACUGCCGCAGGGACGCCCAGUGCGUGCGCGGCCUCAGCUGCAUGUUCGGCAAGUGCCACCGCAGCAUUCGCAACGGGCAGGAAGGUGGCCGCUGCAAGGUGGACAGGGACUGCGGGGCGUCCAUGUGCUGCGCCCGCCAUCACGGCGAGCACGUGUGCAAGCGGCGGCUGACGCUUGGCGAGAGUUGCUACGUGCCGGACGGCGGGCUGGCGUACAGCAUCAACCAGAUCUGCCCCUGCGACCACGGCCUGCUCUGUCGGGACAAGAGCGCCCCCCCCAGGAGAGAGAGGGACUUUGUUUACCUGGCGGACCUUUCCACCUGGACGUGCCUAGUGCCCAAAAGCUAACAUCACCUGAAUGUAAAGUUAUUUAUUAUGAAUUCUAUUGUACAGCCUUGUAUGUAAUCAAGUGUGAUGAUGUCCAUGUUGUAUAUAAUCACGUGUGAUGA